AUCGAUUAGCCGUCCUGCUUUCGCUGUGACGUUGAGGUCGCUCCUCUGAAAUCGCGCGGAAGCCCGACUGAGCGGAGUUUUCGUUUGUCACGCGACGAAACAAAUGCUGCUCACCGUACCAUUUGAUCCAAGUGAAGAUAUUCGGGAACUGAGAAAGCAGUUUAUUCCAGGAGACGCCUGAGAUCUGCGUGCUUCAAAAUGAGCGACGACACUGACUCCCCUCCCGAGAGGGAGAUGAAGGACUUUCAGUUCCGUCAGAUGAAGAAAGCCAAAGUUUUCGAGCCUUCGGGCGAAAUGCCAAGAGAACGCUCCAGCUUGCUCGUGGUCUCCAACAAGUUCGGCCUGACCUUUGCUGGCUCGGGUGCGGUGUUUAAGGUGUACCGCACGCAAGACAUCUUCGCCGCUGACAAACAGGAUGGCACCUCCAACACAAUAGUCGAUGGAAUCGCAGCACUGGUGGAAGCGAAGGUGGACUCGGCGCUGCACAACUUGGCUCUCAGCAGCGACGAGCUUACUUUGUCGGUAUGCUCCGUAUCAGAGGAGGCCACACUGUCUGUCAGGUUCUACGACGUUCGCACCUUCAUUAACGAGGCAAGACCGCAGAAGUUACCUUUUGCCUUGUGGCAGCCAAACGUGCCACCAGAAACACUUGUGCUGGACCUCAAGUGGAAUCCCGCUCAGGCGUCCAUAUUGGCCGUGUGCCUGUCUGAUGGCAGAAUGUCAAUCUUGGACGUCGUUGAUGACGUCAAAGUACAGGCCGAACUCCCUCCCUCCAGCGGCGUCACGUGCGUUUGCUGGAGCCCUAAAGGAAAACAGGUCGCUGUGGGGAAAAUGAAUGGCACCGUCAGCCAGUAUACCCCUGCACUAGAGGAGAAGAAAGUGAUCGCCUGUCCUCACUUUUAUACCUCUGACGACCCAGUCAAAGUUCUCGAUGUGUUGUGGUUGAAGACGUUUUCCUUUGCUGUGGUCUACGCUGCUGCCGAUGGCUCGCCAGAGACCCCGCCUGAGCUUGUGUUGAUCACCAUUCCUAAAAAGGAUGAUAAAUCAGAAACAAAGUACCUGAACUUCAGUGACACUGUGUAUGGCUGCUGCACGGAGCGACAGCACCACUACUUCCUCAGCCACAUAGAAGACUGGAACAUUCUUCUAGCUGCUUCUGCAGCCUCCAUCGAAGUCAGUAUCAUUUCCAGACAAGAUGAUAAGAUUUGGGAACUGUGGAUGCUGGAGGAUGCUAGCAGGGCUGAGCUUCCUGUGUCUGAGACUAGUGAAGACACGCUACCCCUCGGCUUAGCGAUCGACUAUACCAGCCAGCAGGAAAUCCGCAUCAGUGAUGAAAAAAUAUUGCCCCCGGCCCCCAUUAUGCUCAUGCUGUCCACUGAGGGAUUGCUUUGCCCAUUUGUGCUGCUGAACCUCAACGCUGACGUCAAGCAGCUAAUUUCACCCUGCGUGACCCUCACAGUGGAAGGCGAGAGACCCCCUAAGCCAGAAUCUUUGGUAACGCCGUCCCCAAAGCCUGCUGUGGCACUCCCGUCUGCCUUCCCAAAUCUCACUGUGACUUCAGUGGCUGCAUCAUCUGCCGCUACCCCUUUCAGUCUUGGUCCGGCAGCCCCCUCGUCAUCACCAGCAAGCUUCAAUUUUUCAGUACCACCCAUCGGGGGCAAUUCUGCCCCUCCUGCGUUCUCCCUAGGUGCAUCCGCACCUUUCGGUUCUGGAGCAUCGGGCUUCUCGUUCGCCCCAUCCAAGCCUCCCUCCGAAACCCCCUCGGCCACCUCUGCGUUUUCUUUCAGCGCCCCCUCAAAUAAAGUCUCGGCCCUGACGCCCCAGAACAUGGCCACUCCCUCCGUGCCUGCAGUCAAACUCAAUUUGAAUGAUAGGUUUUCAGCUGUAGAAGCACCCGGAGCACCCCCGCCAUCUUUCUCCUUUGCACCAUCUAUGCCUAAAAGUGUCUCUAACGGUAGCGUCUCUACCGUUGCUCCUGCAGUUGCGACCACCACCACCAAGCCAGUUACAAUGUCAACCCCGGUACGUCCAAUUCAAACCAGCACACCACCAGUAGGGCUCCAAAAACCAUCGCCAGCUCCCCAGGGCCGUGUCCAAACCCCACAGGCAGCUGGAGUCGAAGUAAAGCCGGUAGAGAAGAAGCCUCAGCCAAAAAAAGAAUCUGAUCCCAUCAUGACUGGAAUACUGGAGGAGAUUUCGCACUUCCAAAAGGAGCUGGAGGAUUUUAAGGCGAGGAGUGCAAUGGCCGACUUUAAGGUUGGAACGAAUGAAGACAUGAAGGAACUCAAGAAGGAGUCAGAGGAUCUGAAUAUUUUCACUCUGGAGAUUAAGGAAACCACAGAGUCUCUGCACAGCGACAUUGGCACGCUAAAGACCACCUUAUUGGAAGGUUUUGCUGGUGCAGAAGAAGCAAAGUCCCAGAACGAGCUCAGCCAUGAUCGAAAUUAUAGACAACUUCUGUACAAAAGACCUCUGGACCCGCGUAGUGAGGAACAGCUCAAGGAGAUUCGUCGUCUCUAUCAGUACGUCAUGGUCGCCGUGGAGGACGUCAAUGGUGUUCUGGAUGUGGAAUGGGAGAAACACUUGGAGAAGAAGAAGAAAAAAAAGCACAUGGUGGUGCCUGGCCGCGAGGGUCUGUACACCACGUUGGCAAAUAACCUAUACAUCAUCAACCAGCAGAAGAUUAGGUUGGACCAACUAGUCAGUGAACUCACCUCACUCCACCUUUACAACAAAAAAGACGCUCCCAGGGUCAACCACAACACAGAAACCUCUAAAAGUAUGCAAAGUGAGCUUGACAGUUUACGGGAUGCCCUCCUGAAGGCCCGACUGGACACCACCUCCCCUAAAGCCAAAAGCCCAUCACCCGUAAAGAUCUCACCAGUCAGGCAGUCCCAGCUCCGGAACUUCCUCUCUAAGGGGCUCAUGCCUCCUGUUCGCUCUACUGCACCUGCCAACUUGUCACGCUCGGCAUUCCUGUCACCCAAAUAUUACGAAGACCUGGACGACGUGAGCUCCAACUCGUCCCUUUCGCAAUACAUGGAGCCUCACCUGCCUCACUUGGAAGUGGAGGAGGAAGAGGAGGAACUGCAGCCCGAGCGCAUGCCCGUCGUCGCACCUAUCGCCGCCCCUCCUUCGUAUCCCAGGCACCCGACCGUGGUGAGGACUCCCUCCAUCCAGCCAGGCUUUGGAGCCAUCCAGUCCACCCCGUUAAGCAAAAUGCAGUCAGUGCCAGGAAUGGGAUUCGGUUUGAGUCCUAUUGCCAGCCCUAUUCCCUCCAAUAAGAUCAACUUAAGUGGGGCUGACAGCACCGCCCUCGCGACAAAAACGGUCAAGCAUGGCGCGCCGCCUGCCGAGAGGACCGUACCUGUCACCAUCCCGGCCCAACAGGCCGCCGCCACCGCUGCCCUCCGCAGGCUAAUGGCCAAUCAGAAAUCAGCCAUCGUCAACACCGCCUCGGCUGAGUCCACCAUAAAAAGUGUGCCCCAGGUGGUCAACAUCCAAGAGCUCAAGGAGAAAGCGGCAACCCCUGCAAUUAUCAGCUCAUCAACAGCGGACCCAGCCUCCGUGCAGCUUCAGGUUCCCGUUUCUAUUACAUCCAGCCAGCCCAAACGAAAUCCGGGGAUUGGUAUUCAAAAAACAUCUUUUGACUCCACAAGCACUCCACAAGCGACCUUCAUGUUUGGUCAAUCUGCCAAAGCUGACAUCUCCGUCACCCCUUCUAGCACAGCUGAGUUGAGUAUCAGCAAAGGUUUCUCUUUUACGUCAACCCCAUCAAACUUCAGUUUUGCAUCAGGCACUUCAGCUGCAGGACUACCACCAGUGAAAAAUGUUAGCGAGUUCUCCUUCGGUGGAAAUGGAAAGAUGAUAUUUGGUCAGACCGCAGAGGAACCGCCAAAAUCCACUUCGCCUGCCCUAACUGCUACUCCAUCAGUGGAGGCGUCCGUACCAGUCUCUACUGCAGCUUCUACCAGGCUAGAACCUCAACCCAUUAAACCUACCGGAGGAGAAACUCUAGGCAGUUUCUCUGGGCUUCGCGUCGGUCAAGGAGAAGAAGCCAAAGAUUCCUCUGCCAAGUCAACCCCCGCCAAUGCCGCUUUUAGCUUUGGAGGUCCUGGAAUCGGCAAAGGAAAGGUUCAGUUCAGCUUCAGCAGCGAUCGGAACUCUGCUGGAGACUCUAUCGGAACCGACUUAUCCAAGUCCGGUAGUUUGUUCAAACCUCCUGAAAACACACCCAAGCUGACCUUCUGCAUGACCACGUCAAACACGCCUGUCUCGGGACUGCCCACCUCUUUUAGCAGCCUCCUCGCAGCCCCAGUAGAACCGACGGAAGACCCCAAACCAGCCCCACAACCGUCAGAGCCUUCAUCACCACCUGAAAAAGAUCUUACUCCAGAGCUUCCCAUUGAGGCCGUCGUAGCUUUAGAAACCCUUUCACCAGAUGCAGCUGCCGUCAAAGACCCAGCUCCUGUUUCAGAUGAUACCGCUUUCGUCCCAACAACGGAGGCGACCCCUCCUGUCACUACAGGGGAUGCUACCGUGGACGUCACGUCAGCCCCCCCUAUUGUUUCUGUUUCUCAAGUCGCUCCAGCAGUGUUCCAAUUGUCCCCUUCUGAGAAGCCUGGGUCCAUUUUCACUCAACCGACGGCGACAGAAAGCAGCUCUCCCGCCGUAACGCCCGCUGACAAUUUAGCUGACGCCCCCGCGAUUGCUGACGCCAAUGCCCCUAGCACGGCAGCUUUUUCUGCCGCUACUACAACCGCUGUCCCCGUUGUUUUUGGACAACCUGCUUCAACUCCUCAAGCCUCCACGGCCACGUCGACGUUUGGUUCGUCCACCUUCGGCACUGCAGCCGGAGGCGGUUUUGGAAAGUCUGUUUUUGGCCAACCGAGCGGCUUUGGUAACACCCCAACUGCCAGCGGCUUCUCCUUCGGACAGUCCGCAUUCGGAGCAAACACUAGUGCCGCCACCACCGGAGGAGGAGGUGGUCUUUUCGGAGCAUCGACGCAGAGCUCCGCCAGUUCUUUUUCUUUUGGCGCUAGCACAAAUGCCAACACAUCCAGUGGCACUAGCACUGGACUGUUCGGACAGAACACUACGUCUGUGUUUGGACAGAGCUCCACGUUUGGACAAGGCUCUCUGUUUGGAAGUAACACAACCCCGACAUCGUCUACAGGAUUCAGCUUUGGUCAGCCGUCAGCCUUCGGAUCGGCGCCGUCUGGGUUUGGCCAGCAAGCCAGCACCGGGAGUGUAUUUGGACGGCAGCCGUCGGGCGGAGGACUGUUCGGUUCGAGUGCUACAAAUGCAUCAGGAUCACCAGGUGGCAGCCUCUUCAGUGGCCUCGGAGGCAAGCCCAGUGAAGAUGCCGCCAACAAGAAUCCGUUUGGUCCUACUUCUUCUUCUGGAGGGUUUGGGCAGCCUGCUCAAACUGCGACCCCCAGUCUGUUUGGUAGUACUGCAGCCAAACCCAUUGGAUUUGGACAGUCUGCCUUUGGAGAGCAAAAGCCCAGUGGCACAUUCAGCUCUGGUGCUGGAUCUGUUGCUUCCCAAGGCUUUGGAUCCUUCACGAGUCCAACUAAACCAGGUGUAUUUGGCAGUGCACCAGUGUUUGGAAGUCCCCCCGCCUUUGGUGCGUCGCCAUCAUUUGGGGCCAGUGCGACUUUCGGCGCCAGUCCUUCCUUCAAUAGCGCCAUGAGCUCCUCUGCCGGGAAGGUCUUUGGCGAGGGAACAGCCGCUUCCAACAUGGGUGGAUUCGGGUUCGCCUCGCCGUCUGGCGGUUCGUCUUUCGGAGCGUUAGCCAAUCAGAACGCCACGCCGUCUUUUGGGGGUCUUGCCCAACAAAGUCCUGGAUUUGGGGCGCAGCCAGGCGGCUUUGCGGGUUUUGGACAGCAGCCACAACCUGGAGGCUUCUCUGGAAACACCUUUGGCUCUACAAACCAAUCAACUUCCCAAACGUUUGCCGGCUGGAGAAGCUAGUUUUAUUGAUGCUUCACAAGCCCGUGAUGCUACCUGAGUUCCUGCUUUCAAAAAAAAAUUUUUUUUUUUGUCAGGCAACUUACAUUUCAUUGAUUAAAAAUGUCACAUUUGACCAAAAAAUAA